AUGUUGCGACCAUGCUUCGUCCUUUUGGCGCUGGUUGCCUCUACUGAUGCCUUUCUGUGGCAGCUAUUCGGUCUAGGCGGUUGUUGUUGUCCUCCUCCUUGCCCACCACCCGAACCUCCUCCACCUCCUGCACCAAGUUGUUGCUGUCCCCCUGCACCGUGUGCUCCAGCUGCUCCUCCGGUACAUGCUCCACCUCCACCAGUAUAUGCACCGGCUCCUCCGCCUCCACCAGUAUAUGCACUUCCUCCUGCUCCUCCACCAGCUGCUCCUUCGUAUCCUGUGGCUGGUGGUGGUCCAGUUUAUAUUGUCGUUCCAGCAAUUUCCGUUGGAGGUGGUGGCGGUGGAGUUGCUCCACCUGUAAGUGGCGGCUAUGUUCCUCCACCUGUAAGUGGCGGCGGCUAUGUUACAGCCGGAGGUGGUGGCGGUGGCUACAUUCCUCCAAGCGGCGGUGGUGCUUAUCCUACGGCAGGAAAGAAGUAG